AUGACCUCUAUCUUAUUCCUCGGAGUGUCAGGGCAGAUUGGAGGAGCCUUCAUUACGGCUUUCCGCGAGAAAUAUCUUGAUAUCCCGGUUACAUUUUACCUCCGGAGCACUGAGUUGGAUAGUGUCCUGCACGACCUGGGAAAUACCACUAUCAUCCACGGAACCUUCGAUCAGCUUGAUGAAAUCGAGAGGUUGGCGUCGUCGCACCCCUUUGUCUUCAACUUUGCGGCUUCGAUGAAUGUUCCCGUCACGGAAGCAAUCAUCCGGGGCGUACGCACACGCAAGGUUCAGACAGGGGCUACCUCAGUCGUGUAUCAUCUCAGCGGGGCCGGCAACUUUGUCGACAACAGCAAGUCUGGAGACUAUAUACCUACGAACCAUCGCUUUGAUGACGCGAACCCAGAUGAUGUCCGUACUGUCAGUGCGGCCAAUUUGCCAAACGGUCCAUGUGACGAGCUGCUCUUUGCGGCCGCCUCAACAGGAGAGGCCAAGGUGUAUUUUGUUUGCCCGGGAGGAACUUACGGCCACAGCCAUCGCCAUGUUGGUAGAUCUGUUGGAUCAGCCUCAGCAUUUGCCCCUGGAAGAUGGGUAGAUUACAUGACGCAAAAUACGGAAGCUCUUGGCUUUGGAGCCUACGUGGGCAGCGGUACCUCCGUCUUUGGCGUUGUCCAUGUUGAUGACAUUGUCUCACUCGCGAUGCUCGUAUACCAAAAGAUUCUUGAUACUGUUGACAGUUACAAGCCCGAAGACGUCUACCAUUACUGGUACAAUGGUGUCUCCAGCGAGGAACCAAGCAAAAAAAUUGCCGCUGCCUUUGCCAAGCUUCAGGCCCGCCGUGGCAAGAUCACAUCGCCUGAAACCAAGUCCGUUGCGUAUGAGGAUGCAGGCUUUACGGCUAGAUAUAUUGCCGGCAACAUGCUUAUUGAGUGCAAUAACUCUAUAUCUCUAGGCUGGAGACCUCAAGGGCCAGAUUUGUAUACUACUCUGGAGCAACUUGAGUAA